AUGGUCGACUUUCGAGAUCUUGCCAGCCGCCAGCAACCAGGACCCAUUGUGUUCUUGUUCGGUCCUCUCGCGUUGUCUUUCAACAACGACUCAUUUGCUCAACUGCGGAAGACUAUCCUCGACUCCGAGGAGCAUGGAUGGGCCCUCGAUACCAUUGUCAGUCUACCAUUGUAUUGGAAGACAAUCGUCGCAGCCAUUCCUGGACUUGAGGCUGGGACUCAGCUGAACAAGUUAGAGGAUUUGAAGGAAGCCUUCUCCAUUGGCCAGUCUCUCAACACUGAAUUUCCACUGCCGAAUGCUCUUUUGAUUCCUUUGGUUGUUAUUAUUCAUCUCACGCAGUAUACAUCCUUCAUCAAGCACACCAAUACUGAAUUGGAUCAGAGUAUUGAUCUCUUUGCAUUGUCAAAAAGCGGCCAAGAAACACUGGGUCUCUGCACUGGACUUCUGAGUUCCCUGGUCGUCUCAUCUGCCGGCAACAAGGCAAAAUUCCUGCAUUAUUCUGCUGUUGCGGUCCGUCUGGGUCUGCUUAUUGGCAUGAUUGUGGAUGCGCAAGAUGCAGCCUCGGGACAGGGUCCAUCCAAAUCGCUGACUGCAGCCUGGAACUCUGCCGCAAAGGCCGACCAGAUGCAACGUAUCCUAAAAAACUUUUCAGAUACAUAUGUCUCUGUCAACUAUGACGAGGAUCGUGCUACUAUCACCACAUUGGCAUCUCACAUCUCUGAGAUGCAGCUGCGCCUACGAGCUUGUGGCGUCAUUACAGCCGAGGUUAGCCUGCAUGGACGAUUCCAUGCUGACUGCCACCACGAUCAACUUCCCGAGAUAUUGAGCUUUUGCGACUCCCACCCAGACUUCCAGUUCCCAGAUGCUUCCGAAUUGAUCAUUCCCACUUGGUCCAAUGCAGGGGGUGAGCAUAUCACAAAGGGUCGACUGCACCACCAUGCCAUACGCUCUAUCUUAGUGGAGCCACCCAAGUGGUUCGAUACAUUUACUGCAGUCUGCGAACAUACCCUGGAUAAAAAAUAUGGGAAAGUGAUAUCCUUCGGCCCGGAACGCUCAGUCCCAUCGUCCAUCUUGCGUGGAAUUGGUCACCAAGUCCUUCAAUUUACGGAUCUUGAAAAACCACAUAAAAAGCAACGCGCUAUGACCUCCACAGAUAUUGCUGUUAUCGGUAUGUCAUGCAAGGUCGCUGGGGCCGACAACCUGGAAGAAUUCUGGGACCUUCUUUGCACGGGAAAGUCGCAGCAUAAAGAGGUUCCUAAGGAACGGUUCAGUUUCCUGACACCGUUCCGGGAUGUAGAUCCCAAGCGAAAAUGGUUUGGUAAUUUUAUCAACGGCCACGACGAGUUUGAUCACAAGUUCUUCAAGAAAAGCCCGAGAGAGAGUGCAACUAUGGAUCCUCAGCAACGUCACUUUUUGCAGAUUGCCUACCAAGCAGUCGAACAGUCGGGAUACUUCCACAAUGCUAGCUCCAAUAAGCACAUCGGGUGCUAUGUCGGUGUCUGCGCCUGCGAUUAUGAAAGUAAUAUCGCCUGCCACGCACCAAACGCAUUCUCUGCUACCGGCAAUCUUCAGGGUUUUAUUGCAGGCAAAGUUAGUCAUUUCUUUGGCUGGACUGGGCCGGGGCUGACAAUUGAUACCGCUUGUUCUUCCUCUGCUGUCGCUGUUCAUUCAGCAUGCAAAGCUAUUCUCAGUGGAGAAUGCACCGCUGCACUGGCUGGUGGCACUCACGUUAUGACAAACCCACUAUGGUUCCAGAAUCUGUCUGGGGCUUCAUUCUUGAGCACUACUGGUCAGUGUAAGCCCUUUGACGCGAAGGCGGAUGGGUACUGCCGAGGCGAAGGUAUUGCGUCUGUUUUCCUGAAGAAGCUAUCUUCUGCUAUCGAUGACGGCGAUCAGAUUUUGGGUGUCAUUGCCGCUUCUGCAGUUCAACAAAACCAGAACUGUACCCCGAUAUUCGUCCCGAACGUGCCCUCUCUGUCUGAUUUGUUCCACACGGUGACCAAGCAAGCCGGUCUUCAGCCAGAAGAUAUUUCAGUUGUCGAGGCUCAUGGUACUGGAACAGCUGUCGGUGAUCCUGCCGAGUAUGGAAGUAUUCGAUCUGUCCUGGGCGGAUCCGUUCGCACGAAGCCCUUGACUCUUAGCUCGGUCAAGGGUUUGAUCGGUCACACCGAGUGCACCUCGGGAAUUGUGUCAAUAAUUAAAAUCCUUCUGAUGAUUCAGAACGGGAUGAUUCCGCCGCAUGCUAGCUUCAGCUCUAUUAAUCCUGCGAUCGGCGCCACCCCUGCGGAUAGGAUCAGCAUUCCAACCAGCCUUCAGGCUUGGAACACCGACUUCCGAGCUGCGUUAAUCAACAACUACGGUGCAUCUGGGUCCAAUGCAUCAUUGGUUAUCACUCAACCACCAACCACUUUGGUUAGAGCUAAUAUCAAAACGCCAUCGCAGUGCCAGUCAGCCAUCGCAUAUCCAUUCCGGUUCUCUGGGUUGGAUGACUUGAGCCUGCGGCAUUACUCUGUGGCUUUUCGGAAGUUUAUUGCCCGCCAACAUGCGUCGAUUAAAGAUUUAUCCCUUUCAAAUAUCGCUUUCAAUCUAAACCACCAGAGUAAUCCUCAGCUGGAGCGCACUCUGAUAUUCGGCGCUCACUCUUUGGAAGAUUUGCAGGAGAAGCUUGUCGCAUACGAAAAUGGUGGCCCGAGCUUGGCAUCAAUGCCCUCUCCAAAAGCAAGGCCAAUUAUUCUGUGCUUUGGUGGCCAGGUUUCCACUUUCGUUGGGCUUGAUCGGCUAGUAUAUGAGCGAGUGGCCGUGCUGCGGAAGCACUUGAAUACUGUUGAUGCCGUGGCUCAGUCUCUCGGUGUUGGCAGCAUCUAUCCAAAUAUAUUUACGCGGACAUCCAUAACUGAUACAGUCCAACUGCAGAUUGCUCUAUUCUCCAUGCAAUAUGCCUGUGCACGUAGCUGGAUUGAUUCUGGCGUCGAGCCUGUCGCACUGGUUGGUCACAGUUUUGGAGAGCUUACUGCUCUUUGCAUAUCGCAGAUUCUAUCCCUUCGAGAUACCAUCAAGAUGAUUAUUGCACGAGCAACUCUGAUCCGCGAUGCUUGGGGUAGCGACAAGGGUGCAAUGAUGGCAGUGGAAGGUGAUCUAGCUGACAUUGAAUAUCUGCUCAGUGAAUCCAAUAAGGCCUGCGCUGGCGUCGAGCCAGCCAGCAUUGCAUGCUAUAAUGGGCCCAAAAGCUUCACUCUCGCGGGCCCUACUGCUGCUAUUGAUGGCAUUGAGGAGAAGUUAUCGAACUCUGCCUUCGCGAAAAUUAAAUACAAGCGAUUGAAGGUGUCGAAUGCUUUCCACUCCGUCUUACUUGAUCCUCUUCUCAAGCGCCUUGAGCAAAGCUCCCAAGGUCUCACAUUUAAAGAGCCUGUCAUUCAAAUGGAGAGAGCGACGGAGAUCCACAGUGAAGACAAGCUUAGCGCAAAAUUUGUUCCAGACCACAUACGCUCACCAGUGUAUUUUAACCACGCCCUACAGAGGUUAGCCAAAAAGUACCCAGAAUGUGUCGCUCUGGAGGCUGGGUCAAACUCUACUAUCACCAACAUGGCAAGCCGAGCUCUUGGUAACCCCAGCGGCUCGCACUUCCAAGCAAUCAACAUCACUAGCGACAAUGCCUGGAACAACCUGACCGCUGCCACUGUGAGUUUGUGGAAAGCCGGUGUCACCGCGAAAUUUUGGGCGCAUCAAUCUGCCCAGACAAAAGAGCACUCCCCGCUCCUACUUCCUCCGUAUCAAUUUGAGGGUGCGCGCCAUUGGACUGAGUUGAAGGCACCGCCAAAAAUGACAGAGGCACCAAUAUUGCAAAAGUCAGAGGCAGAUGUCAAUAAGCUUCCCGACACUCUUCUGAGUUUUGUUGGGUACCAGGACAAUGGCAAGCGCCUCGCAAAAUUCCGGAUCAACACCAUGAUUCCAAAAUACGAGAAGCUUAUUGAAGGCCAUGUCAUUGCUGAAACGGCACCUAUCUGCCCCGCGACAAUUCAGCUUGAGCUAGCUAUUGAUGCAGUUCAAUUAAUCAGGCCUGAUUUGGCUGAUACUCUGAUGGAGCCUCAGAUCCAAGCAGUGGUGAACCAGUCUCCUGUUUGCAUCAAUCCAGCGCGCGCUGUAUGGAUCGGGACAACCGCAUGCGAGAGCUCUAACACCCCCUCUUGGGACUUCCAUGUCUUCAGUGAUGAUUUGGAGCGUGCCGGUGUCUCAAAGACAGUUCAUACCACUGGUAAAGUUAUCUUUCGGUCGGUCGAAGACCCAGCUUUUAAGCUGGAGUUCGCACGGUUCGAACGUCAUUUCACCCACCAACGCUGUGCCGACAUGUUACAGAGUGGUGGUGUCGACGAAAUCCUCCGCAGUCACAAUAUGUACAAAAUAUUCUCCGGGAUUGUUGACUAUGGAGAGGAGUACCGUGGAGUCCAAAAACUUGUCAGUAAAGGAACACAUUCGGCUGGACAUGUGGUCAAGAAGUAUAAUCCAGAAACAUGGCUCGAUGGUCACUUGGCCGAUAGCUUCUGCCAGGUUGGCGGAGUAUAUGUCAACUGCAUGACCAACCAGUCACCUGCCGACAUGUUCAUCGCAAAUGGUAUCGAGCAAUGGAUUCGAUCGCCCAAAAUUCGGCAGAACGAUCCCAGGCCAGAGUCUUAUGACGUACUGGCCACACAUCAUAGUCCCUCCAACCAGUCCUUCCUAACAGAUGUAUUUGUUUUCGACUCUGAUACCGGUGCUUUGGUCGAGGUCAUUCUGGGGAUCAGCUAUGUCAGAGUAUCCAGGGCCUCAAUGAGCAAGCUUCUUACUCGUCUCACUGCCCGGGAUGGCCAAUCAGCUCCUGCUAGCAUCAAAGUCUCGGUAGAGCGACCUACCAUAGAUCUCUUUGCAGUUCAUCCAACGGUCGCAGUUGCUCCUCCGUCUAACAUUCAAGUACAUACGCCAAAGUCGCUCGAAUCAAACGAGUCGGAAGUGUUACCUCCGAAGGUGAAUGUUGUACCUAAAAUCAAAGAGAUUUUGGCAGAUCUUUCUGGUUUGGAAUUGCACGAAAUCAAGGAUGAGAGCGAGCUUGCUGAGCUGGGGAUUGACUCGCUUAUGGGGAUGGAGAUGGCACAUGAGAUCGAAGCUGCGUUCAAGAUCGAAUUACCCGAAAGCGAACUCAUGAAAAUCGUCGACAUGCCGUCUUUGAUCAGGUGUGUUGAAUCAUUUGUAUCUGGUGAGGCGAGUAGCGAAGUUUCUGAGCAGGUGGUUGAUGAAAGCGAUGAGAAAUCGUCACUUAACGACCCUUAUCCGAGUACACCCACUACUCCGAGUACACCGGUGGAUUUUGUAGAUUUUGACAAACCACUUGAUCAUCUCAACUUGGCUCCAGGCUUAGGUCUUCCAUUCGCGAGUGUUAUGGAAGCGUUCAACGAGACUAAAAGCCUGACUGACAAGAAGAUCGCCGAUCAUCAUCAAACUAACUAUGUCGACACAGUUCUUCCCGCGCAAAUAGAGAUGUGUGUGGCGCUUGCUCUUGAGGCGUUCGAGCAGCUUGGCGUUAAAUUCUGCACUGCUGAACCUGGCCAGAAAUUUCCGCGCAUUCCACAUCCGAAGGAACACACUCGUUUAGUUAGCUACCUCUACCAUAUGUUAGAGGAUGCUGCGGGUCUAAUCAACGUCGACCGCGACAUUAUCACUCGCACAGCGGUGCCAGCCCCAACGAAGUCCAGCCAAGAGUUACUGGAGGGUCUGCUUACUCGUUUCCCAGACCAGAGCACUGCGGAUAAGCUCACCUUCUAUACUGGAUCCCAUCUUGCAGAGGUCCUGCGCGGCGAAACAGAUGGCAUCAAGCUGAUUUUCGGAACCGCUGAAGGCCGGGAGUUGGUAUCCGGUCUAUAUGCAGAAUGGCCCAUCAAUCGUCUGAUGUACAAGCAGAUGGAGGACUUCCUCGGUCGACUAGUCUCCAAAAUCGACGUGAAUAGUGGCCCGAUCAAGAUUCUUGAGAUGGGUGCAGGUACCGGUGGAACCACACGCUGGCUACUGCCUCUCUUGGCCUCACUCAAAUUGCCGGUGGAGUAUACAUUUACCGACCUUGCUCCUUCCUUUGUUGCAGCAGCCCGGAAGAGAUUCGGCAAACAGUACCCUUUCAUGAAGUUCCGAACCCACGACAUUGAGAAGGUCCCAGCAGAUGAUUUGAUUGGCACACAGCACAUUGUCAUUGCGAGCAACGCGGUUCACGCAACUCACAGCUUGUGCCAAUCUGCCAGAAAUAUCCGCAAGGCUCUACGCCAUGACGGCUUCCUCAUGAUGGUCGAAAUGACAGGCACUCUUUAUUGGGUGGAUAUCAUUUUUGGCCUAUUUGAGGGUUGGUGGUACUUCGAUGACGGCCGGACACACGCUGUCACGCACGAAUCCCGAUGGGAGAAAGACCUCCAAGCUGCCGGGUAUGGACAUGUUGACUGGACAGACGGAGAACUGCCGGAAAAUAAGCUUGAGCGGCUGAUUGUGGCCUUUGCCUCGGGCGACAGGUAUGAACGACUUGAAACCCCGCGGUCGGUAAAGGUUCCACCGGCUGACCUAGUCGCGCGGCAAGAAAUUGUUGAGCGUUAUAUCCAUGACAUGACGAUCGGCUUUGGUAAUUCCAUUAAGGAUCGUUCAAUGCCGAUGCCGGGGCAGUUAUCCAGUCAUUCUACCAGUCGGUAUGUUGUUGUGACAGGUGCCACUGGGAGCUUAGGAUGCCAUCUCGUUGCAACUUUCGCGUCCCUGCCAGAUGUGACUCAAGUAAUUUGUCUCAAUCGGCGCAGUCGGCAAGAUCCCAGGUCACGACAGAACCAGGCUCUUCUCAAAAAAGGCAUCAUUCUUCCGAUUAAAGCUGCUGAAAAGCUUUGUGUGUUCGAGACCGAUAUGUCUAAAUCACAACUCGGUCUUUCAAGUGACGAUUAUGAAGUCCUCGUCCGAAAGGUGACACAUAUUGUUCACAAUGCAUGGCUUAUGAAUGCCAAGUGGCCAAUCAAGAAUUUUGAACCCCAAUUGCAGAUUAUGCGUAACCUUCUUGACUUUGCUCGGGAUAUCUCCAUUGUUCGACCUGAAAACACGAAAGUUACAUUCCAAUUUAUUUCUUCGAUCGCGACUGUGGGCCACUGGCCCAUUUGA